AUACCAUGCGGUGUGCAAUAUCCAAUAUCUGGCAAGAAUUCUGGUGAUCUACCUGAACACAGUGUUGAAUACUCUGCUUCAUCGCUCACCCAUGCCGUACAGCCAUCAGAUUGUAAUAUAUUCAAAUAUUGUAAUGGAGGAGUUACUAUGAAAAUGAUGGAUAAUGUUGCAGGGAUAGUGGCGUUCCGACAUGCACAUUGUAACAUUGUCACUGCUUCCAUUGGUAAGUUAAAUGCGAUUGUAGUCCAGAUUGGAAUCCGUCUAAAUUUAUGUUGGUUGAAAUGCUAUGCAAAUUGCUAA